AUGGUAUACUACAUGAGCACAAAUGGAGGUCUUACUCCGUUUAUGAGCGAGUUUGUUUUCUUUGAUCUGAUCUCUUCCUCUCGAGCAAGAAGAGACUCCAUGGUUGUUGCUAUCGAACGCUUCUCCAUCAGAGAGUACGCUUCGAAGAUGAGGAGUGUUAAUGUGGAGAAGUCUUGGCCGUUUCAUGAUAAAGAAACGAUGAAGAAAGAAGAGCUCGCGGCAAAGCUUCCGUUGAUGAAAUGCCUGAAAUAUCGGUGGUGGAAGGAUGAGGUGGAGGCGAUGAGAUCUAAAUCUUCUAAUUUUCCUGCUAAUAAGUCUGAUGUUGAUGUUGUUGAUGAUGAUGAAAACGGUAAGAAGAUUCUAGAAGCAACUGGCGAGAGAAGCGGAUGGGUGUCGGAAAAGCUUCCGGUUGAGAAGAUUGAGGCGGUUAUAGUGACGGGUGAGGAGGAGAAGGUGGUGAUGAGUUGUCCGGUUUGUCGGAUUUUUACGGCGACAACUGUGGAUGCGGUGAAGGCGCAUAUCGAUGAUUGUUUGGCUUAG